CGCAAUCUACAGCGACGAAAAAAAGGAUAGAAAGGGCGGAGAUUGUUCCAAUGGAUAAAACUCCGCCACGUUGGCAACCUCAAAUCGCCGCAUAUGGUUAACAGUCAUUAACGACGAAACGCUCAUCUUCAAAUUCGCCGAUCGAUUGGACCACAUCGGCUUUAGAAAAAUCAACCCACCCCUGGCGCACGUUUGCUCCACCGCAGCCAUUUCGUACUUCGGUCAUCUCCAUCAAUUCCCUUUAACUCAAAAAAAAAAAAACCCAUUCUCCAUUAUCAAAAGCACAAGCAAAAAAAAACACCUCCGGGAAAUUAUAUUCUGUUUCGUCUCAAAGGUGUUAAUUGUUUGGAAAAUUUAUUGCUUAUUUGAGCUUUUAAGGUAUAAAUUAGUUUCAAGUUGGGACUCUAUAAGGUGAUAUUGUCCUCCUAAAAGAAUUUUGACUCCUUUUUCGUUAAAGGAUGACGCGUGUUGCUUCUAUGCAAUUGUCUCAUGAACUGAAAAUUCACAAUAGUCAUGGAUGCGGUAGCCAGCACAUUGGUGUGAUGGAAAAAAGCAGAUUACAUUUGGUUCGUAUCAAUCUUUCCUCAUACGCUAUGCGACAGGAUGCUUGGAGUCUUCAUCUUUUGAGCAGUGUCUGUAUGCCAAUAAGACCUGUAUAUUCCAGGUCUAAUGUCAUUCUCUGCCGAUCUGUUCUAAUUCCUACUGGGGGAAAUGAGAUUCCUAUUCUAAAAUCUGCUAGUACGGUUUUGACAAGGACAUUUGGUACUUUACAUGGAAGCUCUAUUGUACCUAGGUUGAUCCCAGCAGUUGGGCUUAUUGCUUUUGCUGUAUGGGGUCUUGGGCCACUUAUGCAGCUGGGCAGGGUUAUCUUUUUCCAUAGGAGGGAUAGUAGUUGGAAGAAAAGUAGAACAUAUCAUAUUAUGAGCUAUUAUCUUCGACCUGUGCUGCUGUGGACUGGAGCGACACUCAUCUGCAGAGCAUUAGAUCCAGUAGUUUUACCCUCAGAAGCAAGCCAGGCUGUCAAGCAACGACUUGUAAAUUUUGCGCGAUCAUUAUCAACAGUGCUAGCUUUUUCUUAUUGUUUGUCAAGCUUGAUUCAACAGGUGCAAAAAUUCUUUAUGGAGAUGAAUGACUCUAAUGAUGCAAGAAAUAUGGGCUUUGAUUUUGCUGGAAAAGCUGUUUAUACUGCAGUAUGGGUUGCUGCUGUAUCAUUGUUCAUGGAGUUGCUCGGUUUUUCUACCCAGAAGUGGGUAACUGCUGGUGGACUUGGCACAGUAUUGAUCACGCUUGCUGGUCGUGAGAUUUUUACAAAUUUUCUUUCAAGUGUAAUGAUCCAUGCAACAAGGCCAUUUAUUGUCAAUGAAUGGAUUCAAACUAACAUAGAAGGCUAUGAAGUUUCAGGGACAGUUGAGCAUGUUGGAUGGUGGUCACCAACAAUUAUAAGAGGUGAUGACCGCGAGGCAGUUCACAUUCCAAACCACAAGUUCACUGUGAAUGUUGUGAGGAACCUUAGCCAGAAGACCCAUUGGCGCAUCAAGAAUUACUUUGCCAUUGCUCACUUGGACUUUAACAAAAUCAAUAAUGUAGUAGCUGAUAUGCGGAAGGUUUUAGCCAAAAAUCCUCAAGUAGAGCAGCAAAAAUUACAUAGAAGAGUAUUUUUGGAAAGCAUUGAUCCAGAAAACCAGGCUCUUAUGAUUUUGGUUUCUUGUUUCGUGAAAACAUCACAUAUUGAAGAAUACCUCUGUGUUAAGGAAGCCAUACUCUUGGAUCUUCUCAGAGUUAUUAGCCAUCAUCAGGCCCGACUUGCCACCCCUAUCCGCACAGUUCAGAAAAUAUACAGCGAGGCCGAAAUAGAAGAUGUACCAUUUGCUGAUACCAUUUUCAGGCGUUCUGGAGCAGCUAGUAACCGUCCACUUCUUCUCAUUGAACCCUCUUAUAAAAUCAAAGGUGAUGACAAUGUUAAAGCUUCAACACGUACGAAUGAAGAAAAAGAUUUCACAGAGGAAGCAAUCUCAACAUCUGACUCAAAGGCAAAUACUAAGUCUGGAUCAACAUCUACUGUUGACUCCCAAGGAGAUAAGGUUAUGGCAUCGUCAACCACCACCUCCAGUUCAAGUUCAAAAGUGACUUUGUAUGAGGCUCAAAGGGGGAAUCCGGUGCCUGAUGAUUUAGUUGAAGUCAACUCUGAAAAGCAAUUCAGUGAGAGCAGGGGUGAAACUUGGAAGACAACGAGCUCAGGAAGGGUGGUGAUCACUGAGAAAUCUCCCGGUGCUAACUCACAAUCCAUAAACGAAGAAUCUGAAAUUCCAUUGGGGUUUUCACAUGCAAAGCAGGAUGUUGACAAGUCUGUUGCGCUGCCAUCAGUAGCCAGGCCUUCAUUGGAAGAGAACAUCGUUCUUGGCGUUGCCCUGGAGCGCUCAAAACUGACCCUACCAAUUGAGGAAGAAAUAGCUCCAUCCACUUUUUCCAAAGAUUCGAAGGAAUUAAGUGAUCACCAGAGUGGAAGUGGGACUCAUCUUGUGGGCAAGGACAAGAAAGAUGGUCAGAUGCCAGUAGUUAAUGGUGGUUCCCCAAAUAAUUAGUAGGAUACAGAAUUGCAUCCGCUUGCGGUUUAUAAGUUGUAAUGCCCAGCUGUGUUUUUGAAGCUGGCAUUAUUCAUUGUGUACUCAUCCUGCGCUUGUAAAUAAAUGUUUAAUUCAAAAUUCUGGGGGUAAUUUAAUGGACUAAAAUAGGGGGAAAACAUAGAAAUUUAGCAGGCAGAUUCUCCCCAUUUGUUUCUUCUAUUUUGGGGUAACUAUUUCCCAUUAUUAGUUUGAUUGUUUUGGAGUCAAUUUGUUGAUUAGUUUUCUUUUACGAAAAAUAAAAGGUAGUUAUUUUUAUAUAUUUUCAAAUUUUCUUUAGAAUGGGAGUAGAUUAUAUUUUGAAAAUGUUCCUUAAAAAAUCGAAUUCAAAAUGACUAGUAUAACAACUGGAUUAACCUUGCGCGUAAAUACUUAAACAACUGAAUAAACUUUCGUGGGUAAAUAAAAGGUUGUUGAAUAAUGGUAAUAAGAGCUGAUGAUCCAAAUUGAGGCAAGAUUCAUUGAGAGAA